AUGUGCGUGUGGUGGUUCCGGGGGGUCAGCAUGCGCGUGUGGUGCAUGGCCGCGGUGCUCAUAGUGGUGGCGUUGCGGGCCACGGCCGAACCAGCUCCGCACCGGUACCGCUCCGAUUGGCGUGCAGCUCGUGGCUCGCACGAACUGGCACGGCCCCUACGGGACCUGCUCGAACCUGAGCCGGCCGCCGCCUCCGCCUCUGCCGCCGAACACCGCGAGCGCCGUCGCGCUCGUAAUUCCAAGCGCGCCUCCUACCUGCCCGCGGAAAUGCCUGGCAGCCAGACCAUGCUGCGAGCCUCGCGCUCGAACCGACCUUAUGAUGUACCACAAAUUGAGUGCCCGCCGGCGGCGGACGGUAUGGAGCGGUUCGCGUGUCCGACGCCCGACCGGCAGGGCCGCUACCGCUGCAUUGACGACCACGUCCUGUGCGACGGUUUCAUUGACUGUCCCAACGGCGAAGACGAGGACCGUCAGGCCUGCAUGUUUUAUAAAACGACAAAAGCUCAUCUAGACGUGUUGGCAGACGCGCUCCUGCGAUGGGCGCGUGGUCGCUAAACAAUCCAUCCCUCCGACAACAUUCCCUAGUGCUACCGAACCGACAGUACCGCACUAACCCCAACAGACUGACAUAGAUACAAUC